AUGGAAGUCAACACAUCUAUACAGCAGCUUCAACGCAAGAAAGUCUCCUGGAAGAAGACAAUGCUUGAUACACUAGAAGCAGCGCGGUCUAAGCUCUCUGAUUACUAUGGUAAUACAGAUAACAAGCUUCAUGGUGAUAUCUUUGCAAUUAGCACAAUUAUGGCUCCGUCAAACAAGCUUCAGUUCUUUUCCACUAAGGGCUGGGAGGAUGAUACAAUUGACUAUUCAGGUCUUGUUUAUACUCCCCCAAGACUCUUCUGGAAAGUGCAUGAGCUUGAAUUUCCAGCACUAUCAAGCCUCGCUCGGGAUAUUCUUUCUAUCCCAGCUAGUGGUGCUGGUGUUGAGCGUCUCUUUAACUCUGCUCGUGAUAUCUGUCAUUAUCGCCGAGGCAAUCUCAAACCUGAUACAAUCAAGGAUCUGAUGAUGUAUACGUGCACAUCAAAGUUUGUUAUUAAACAAGAGGAGCUAGAUUUGAUAAAGGAGUAUCUCUCAGCUGGCGAAAUUACAGGCAUUGAGGAGGAGAAAGCCCUCACUCAGCCUCAGGAAGAUUUGGAACCAAUAAGCAACAAUGAGGAAGAUGAUAUACUUUAUAAUUCACAGCCUGCAGCACCUAGUGAGCGUGCCCUAGGGAAACGACGCAGAAGCAUUUCUUCUGAGCCAAGGGUAGAGUGUCACUUGGGGUGGGGUGGGGUGGGUUUUGGCAGGCAAUGCCCGCCCCAACGGGGCCCCUAA